GCACCAGACGCCGUCGGGUGAGGGACUCCCCCUUUAAUGCAAUGGUCGUUCGUCGCUGGGCGCUGGGCGCCGGCACGCUGGGGGCCACCGUGGCGCUGCUGAGUGCAUCGCAGCGUUUAAGUCUGGCGCUCAUGGAGGACCACCGUCCCACUCCCAAGCCGCAGCUUCGCGUUGCUCGCGCACGGCUUCUCCGCGCGCGGAGCAGGGUUCAGGCUGAAGGCAAAGCGAACUCGCUCUCGGGCGCCUUGCGGUCCACUGAGUUGUGGCAAUUGGAGGCCCCUCCAGCCUUGGAGGAGAUGUCUCCAGAGGCCCCCCGCGCGCGGCCGUUUGAAGCGGACGCUGUCCUGCGCACCGCGCAAGCGGGCGACGUCACACGCGCGGUGCGCUGGCUGGAGACGCUGCUGAGCCGUGGCUUUUUGGACACCGACUCCAUGGACCACUGCUUCGGGGCCAUUGCCGUGUCCUUCGCACGCCAGGGCAAUGCCGGGGGCGCCUUGCGCUAUGUGCAGCGCAUCCAGACGGCCGGCCGCCGGCCUGAGGCAGAGGUCUUCCAAGAGAGCAUCUUGGCGCUGGCAGAAGGUGAGGAUCCUGAUCCUGGCAAGACAGAGACAACUCUGGUGCUGCUCCAGCAGAUGUGUCGCGCAGGCCAUGCGCCGGACUUGGACUGCUGCAAGGCCAUCCUGCGGAGCCUAGGCCUGCGGAACCAGGAUCCUGCAGCGGCCGCCAGGUGGAUGGAGAACGAGAUGCCGAAACUGGGCGUGGAGCCAGAUGACGAGGCUCGAGAAAUCCUGGUGGAGGCCUUUUUCCUGCAAGGCCUUCGGAGAGGUGCGGCCAGCUGGCUCAGCUCCUUGAGGAACGGCCCUUCCAUGCGAUUGCUGGCACUGUUGCGCGACCGCCUCCUACAAAGCGAUGAGGUGGACGAUCUGAAGUAUUGGUUGGGCCGGCCUCAGCUGGGACAUCUUCGAAGGAGCCAGCGCUUGGUGAAGAAGCUCCUGAAGCUGUCGACUUCGCCUCAAGAGGCGGAGGACUGCUUGGAACGUUGCCUUGCAGAGGGCCUGGCAGCGGACAGGAGUUGCUUCUCGCAGCUGGCCGCGGCCUGGCUGUCGAACGGUGAACCAUCCAAGGCAGCUCAUUGGCUCGACCGUGUGGCCACCAUAGGCGGAGGUGGAGACACGGAUGAUGCAGACUCAGCAGCAGUCUUGGCCGAGGGCCUGAAGGCUGGUGCCGCGGAGGCGUCCUCGCAGGCCUCUCAGACGGUGGUGCGCCUGGCACAAAGUGGUGCAGCCACAGAGGCCUCUCAGGAGCUAAUGGAGGCCUUGGCAUCGCGGAAGGCUGUCACCCGCGAGGCCUUCGAAGCGCUGAUGGCGCAGCUGGCCACCGCCGGACAGGCGGAGGAAGCCAGCAGUUGGUUCCAGCGGAUGAUUGCCAACGGCUUCGAGCCAGGUGUGAAGUCCUGUUGCGCUGUGGUGGAUGCCUGGGCUCAACGAGACCCUGAGAAGGCACAAGAGAUCUUGGAACAAUUCGAGGCCGAGGGGCGUCCCUUGGAUCGUUUCGCCUACACCUCGGUGCUGGGCGCCUUUGCCGACGCGGGCAACUGCGAGCGGGCCGAGGCACUGCUUGAGAGAGCGGACUCGCAAGGGCACCGAGGUGAUGUGGCGGCAUACAACGCUUUGCUGAAGGGUCUGGUGCGGAAACGAGACUUCGAGCCACGCGUGGAGCGCUACCUGCAGCAGAUGCGGCGAGCGCGGCUAGCGCCGAACGAGAUCACAUACACCACCAUCCUGGGCACUUCUGCUGAGCGAGGCCAAGAGGCUCAGGUGGAGAAGUGGCUGCAG